CUCAAGCAUUGAGAAUCAUCAGUGGAUCAAUCACAACAUCUCCGGUAUCAGCAAUGCAGGUGGAAGUGGGAGAGAUGCCCCUGAGGAUUAGAAGAGUUAAAUUAAUGCUGGCAUACUGGGUUAAUCUCCAGGUGCAUUGUGGAACUCACCCAACUAAAAGCAUUCUGACAGACUGCUGGGAACUCCAAUCACACAAGCUUUGGGUGGGUAGGCGAUGUAAUGGCGGAAAAAGCAGGGUUGUGUCAACUACAGUAUUGCCCUGCAGUCUCAAUCUCCUCCAUUUCUCCCUGGUUAUUCUCAUCUCCAAAGGUAGACUUUAGGAUACAGCAAAAAUUGAAGGAUAAGUUGAAGCAAAUGCCAGCAUGGCGCAUAGUACAGAAUUAUUUUGAUCAGCACUUCUCAGACUUUACGUUCAUAUUUACGACCCCAUAACAGGAUGUGCAGGAGCAGCAGUUUAUAUCCCGUGUGAGAGUGAGAUCUGCAUCAGGCAAAGAGUAUCAGAUCAUGUGUGUUUAUACCACUUUAUACCAGCGCUAUUGGCAAUACUAUUGGCCCUGCAGUGGCUAGAUAAAAGGGAAAUUAACAACACCGUAAUUGCAUCUGACAGUUUCUCAGCACUUUCCAGCAUAGAAUCCGGUUGAUCAAAUACCAGGAAUGAUAUAAUCAGUGAAAUAUUCCUCAUAAUGUAUAGGAUGGAAAGUAUAGGUCAAACUAUGCAAUUCAUCUGGGUACCAGCCCAUGUUGGUGUGGAGGGGAAUGAACAGGUUGAUAUUCUGGCCAAACAAGCACUCAGAAUUAAGAAUAUAGGCUUAUAUAGUUCCAUUAAGCAAAUCUGAGGUCAAGCAAUGCAUUAGAACAUAUGCAAAUAAAGUAUGGCAGGAGUACUGGGAUAAUCAGGAAACUGGAAGGCAUGUCUACAAAAUUCAAAAACAUGUUUGGGUAAGGAGGGAAAGAAGGGAAGGAAACGUCAUCACUCGAUGGAGAAUAGGACACACAGGACUCAAUCAUUCAUUACAUGAAAUAGGCAAGCACCCAACUGGGAAAUGCUCACAGUGUGACCAACCAGGAACUGUGGAACAUGUACAGUAUUAUUACAAUGCGGGAGUUACAGUAUACAGAGGGGACAUCUUCGUCAGUCACUUAAGAAGGCAAAACACCAGGACUGGUCACUGUCGGGUCUAUUGGGGAAUCAAGCAGAUGAAACGUAUGGUGUCAUUAUUCAGAUUUUAAGAGAAACAAAUUUAGUCAAACGGAUCUAGUUUUUUUUUCUUUUUUCUCCAUGUUCUUUAUCUCAUCUCUUGGUGUUCUGCAUAAUCUCUUUCUCCACACUCCAGUCCAGAUGGUGGCGGUAAUGCACCGACAAAAUGGUUUGCGAACCGCCAAUAAACACUAAAAGAAGAAGAAGAAGAAGAAGAAGAAGAAGAAGGUGUUAUUGGCGCCAUUAGUCCUGACCAGAGUCUCUGGACGUCUGAAUAAACCUGGCGUGGAAACAGACCGAAGUUAGAAACACAGCGCUAGUCCGAGGUUAACGGAGAGAAACGGCGUUUUUACGGGGUUUAUUUGGAGGAAACGUCUGUGAUUCAGUGAAGAUGUCGGAAGUCCAUGUGCUGAAAUAUUUAGUGAAGCAGCGACUCACGGAGGCUGCUGAAGAGAUAUUUGGGCUGUUUGAAAGAACAAUAGCAGAGUACGAGGAGGAAGCUUCUAGAUUAAAAGAGGACAACGAGCGACUGAAGAAACAUCUGCACGCUGUUUUUAACCCUGAAGUCCGCAUCCAAAGAGCAGACCUCCAGCAGCUUCUUCUGAUUAAGGAAGAGCAGCAGGAGGAUCCAGAGCCCCCCAACGUAAAAGAGGAACAGGAGGACCCAGAGCCCCCCAACGUAAAAGAGGAACAGGAGGACCCAGAGCCCCCCAAUGUUAAAGAGGAACAGGAGGACCCAGAACCCCGUCCCACUAAAGAGGAGCAGCUUCAAGGGCUGGAGAAGGCUGACAUGAAGGUCUUAUACACUCCUGUGAAAAGUGAAAAUGAUGUAGAGGAAGCUCUGUCCUCUCACCUUUAUCAGAGACAUACUAAACAGAUGGAGACAGAAGGUGAUGGAGAGGACAGUAGAGUACCAGAACCAGACAGGAACUCUUGUCUAGAUUGUCCCUCAGAACCAGAUAGCAAUGAAAAUACUGAAGACUCUUCUGAGCCGAAGGACAGUGAUGAUCGGAAGGAAACAUUUGGUUGCCUUAAAAAGAUGAAGAGACACAUGAUGACCCACACAUCAGCGAAACCUUUCAGCUGCUCAGAGUGUGGUAAAUGUUUCACUGAAAAUGGACGUCUUAAGACACACAUGAGAUGUCACACAGGGGAAAAGCCUUACAGCUGUUCAGAGUGUGGUAAAUGUUUCACUGAAAAUGGAAAUCUUAAGAUACACAUGAGAUGUCACACAGGGGAAAAACCUUUCAGUUGCUCAGAGUGUGGUAAAUGUUUCACUACAAGCGGACAACUGAAGACACACAUGAUAUUUCACACAGGGGAAAAACCUUUCAGCUGCUCACAGUGUGGUAAAUGUUUCGCUUUAAGUGGAAGUCUUAAGGCACACAUGAGAUCUCACACAGGGGAGAAACCUUUCAGCUGCUCAGAGUGUGGUAAAUGUUUCACUUUAAGUGGAAGUCUUAAGACACACAUGAGAUUUCACACAGGGGAGAAACCUUUCAGCUGCUCAGAGUGUGGUAAAUGUUUCACUGUAAGAGGACGUCUUAAGACACACAUGAGAUUUCACACAGGGGAGAAACCUUUCAGCUGCUCACAGUGUGGUAAAUGUUUCACUUUAAGUGGAAGUCUUAAGAUACACAUGAGAUGUCACACAGGGGAGAAACCUUUCAGCUGCUCAGAGUGUGGUAAAUGUUUCACUGUAAGUGGAAGUCUUAAGACACACAUGAGAUUUCACACAGGGGAGAAACCUUUCAGCUGCUUGAAGUGUGGUAAAUGUUUCCCCGUAAGUGGACGUCUUAAGACACACAUGAGAUUUCACACAGGGGAAAAACCUUUCAGCUGCUCACAGUGUGGUAAAUGUUUCACUGAAAAUGGAAGUCUUAAGAUACACAUGAGAUCUCACACAGGAGAAAAACCUUUCAGCUGCUCACAGUGUGGUAAAUGUUUCACUGAAAAUGGAAGUCUUAAAAUACACAUGAGAUGUCACACAGGGGAAAAACCUUUCAGUUGCUCAGAGUGUGGUAAAUGUUUUACUGUAAAAGGACAUCUGAAUAGACACAUGAGAUGUCACACAGGAGAAAAACCUGUGCUCACAUUACAUGUUAUUUAGCUGACGCUUUUAUCUAAAACGACUUACAUUGCAUUAUAACCCGUGCAUUACAUUUUUGCCUGGGGAGCAAUUAGGGGUUAGGUGUCUUGUUCAGGGACACUUCGACAUGGCACAUGGGGCAGCCGGGAUUUGAACCACCAACCUUGCAGCCCCCAGCGCACUGCACAGUGUAGUAAAUGUUUUACUGCAUUUGGAAGUCUGCAGAGACACAUGCUGUAUCACACAGGGGAAAGACCUUUCAGCUGCUCACAUUGUGGUAAAUGUCUCGCUGUAAGCAGAAGUCUGAAGACACACAUGAGAUUUUACGCAGUGAAAAAAACUAAUUUUCUCAAAAUGUGAUAAAGGUUUCACUCAAGCAGCUCUCCAGUUUGGUUUCUGAAGUGGUAACAGCAUGAAGUUGGGCCCUACUGUAUCUAGCUAAUGCAGCUCAACCUCCUCCAUUGGCUCUUGUUGCUUGUCUCUAAAGCCCCUUUGACACGCAGCAAAUGUCCCGGAAACCAGAACCAUCUAUCUUGAUUGCCUGUUCAGGCUUCAGUAAGGGGCCUCUGUUCGUUUUUUUCAGACCAGCUGCCACAACAUGAGUUUACAUCUUUGUCGUUCCCCCUGAGGUUUCUUUUUUUUCCUCCUUUUUUGGGGGGGGAAUAUUUUUAUCUGCCGAUGUGAGGGUUUUGGGACAGAGGAUGUUGCAUGAUUACAUACCGUGAAGCCCUCUGAGGCUAGUAUGUGAUUUUGGACUUUAUUAAUGAAAUUAAUUGAAGUCUCUUUAGGCAGAUGUUUCGUAAAUUCAUAUUCUGAGAACACAACUCCAAAGAUAAUUACAUCCUUCCAAUGAAUAACCUUAAGUUACGUUGCCUACUUUAAAAUUGUAAUGUUACCCAGCCUUUUAUUGACUUUUUAACUUGGUGACUGUCUUAAUUCUGUUGUUUUGCAUGUUACUUUGCUUUCACUUUGUUUUCCCUUUUUUUCAGGAAAUAUGUUGUUGGGAUUUAGAUUAGAUGUUUUCCUGGUUCUUUUGAUACUCAUUGUCUGUUCAUCUUCAUUUUGAGCUGAGUACAUAUUUGUAUGACAAAAUAAUGUAUCUGUGUAUUAAGAAACAAAACAAGAAUGAAAUCCUACUGUCAUUUCACAUUGCUGAGCGAGAAGUGCUGAAAAUGAAAUGAAGGCAAUACAUUUUAAUUUUUUUGCAUAAGUGAAUAAAUGUUGAAAAAUCAA